AUGCCAGCCACUCCCUCCAAGGCUAAGAAGUCCAAGACCAUUGCUCCAGGACUUUGGCGACGGAGACUUUUCUUGGUCAUCCUCAUCGCCAUUUCAGCUUUUCUAGCAGCAAGCUUCCUCGGCCAGAUACGAAACGAAGUCUGUCAGACUUCUUCAUUGUUGCCGACUUUUGGACUUUGUCCGGCGGUUUUGGUGGCGAUUUGGGAUCUUUUCUACCAUCUGGGCGGCAAUGGACCAUGGAUCCCGAAGAUAGAUGGAAUUGGCUACUCUGAUGCCUUACUUCCAGAAGAGUGUUCGGUCGAUCAGGUCCACGUGUUGUCGCGUCAUGCCGAACGGUAUCCUACGAGAAAUGCCGGUGCUAGACACCUCCAGCUGCUAGAUCGGCUACGCAGUCCCGAAGUCACUCUCAAAGGGUCGCUCUCGUUUCUCGAGUCUUGGACAUAUUUCACCGACCCUUAUAGCCCAGCAUUUGAGAACUUGACUGCCGCUGGUCCCUAUGCUGGGACAGUGCAAGCCUUCAAUACCGGCAAAUCCCUGCGAGAACGUUACGAUCACCUCGUCCCAAAGGACCGGACGACAAAAUUCUGGUCUUGCAGUUCGCCGAGGGAUGUCUUGACCGCCAAAUACUUCGCCGAUGGAUUUUUCGGCUUAAAUUGGUCAUCAGACGGUUCUGCUCACCUAGAAGUGAUCCCAGAAGACGAAGACCGGGGCGCCGAUACCCUCACUCCCGGCGAUACUUGUCACAACUAUACUAGAGAUGUGGAAUACGGCCAUGACCACGGAUAUCGAAAACUGGACGAAUGGCAAAGAGUCUUUACAGCGCCCAUAGCCAGACGACUUGCUCAGGUUGCUCAGGGACUGGACCUCAGCCAUGUGGACAUCUAUAGCAUGAUGGAGAUGUGUGGCUUCGAAAUACUCGCACGGGGUUCCAGUGCUUGGUGCAACGUCUUUACGCAUGAAGAAUGGUCGCAUUUCGCAUAUGCCCGGGAUCUCCUGCAUUUCUACCGAGCCGGACCGGGCAACGCUUACGCCGGAGUGAUGGGAUGGCUCUGGCUGGACGCUACCCAGAACCUCAUGUCGAACAAGUCCUCAGAAGAUGUCUACUUCAGUUUUGUCCAUGACGGAGACAUUGUGCCCGUCAUGGCUGCCUUGCAAAUCCUCAACGAACAUUCGGUUGUACAAGAACUGCCUAGCAACCGGAUGAAGUGGGAUCGCCGCUGGAAGACAAGCGACGUGGUGCCAAUGGGUGGGAGAUUGGUAUUGGAAAGAAUCGCUUGUGGAACAAAAUUCCAGGCCAGCCCCAAGGAACACUUCAUAAGGCUCUUUGUCAACGACGGCCUGAUGAGAUUUCCGGGGCUGCCCUCCAUCAACAAGAUCAAGCAUGCGGUCCGGCUGGCGGAUUUCCAGAAGUUCGUUGCCUCGAGGAAAGACUUCUUUGGGGAUUUCCGACAGGUGUGCAAUCUGUCUCAGGACGCACCUGACAAGAUCACCUUCCUACAUCAGUAG